AAAAUUAUAAAAACAUUUCCAUAUUUAGGUCAAUCAAUACUGCAAUAAAAUCAAUUCUAGUUUAGGUCCUGGUGGGUAGACUAUAACUGAGAUAAUUCAAUAUUACAAAAUCAAUUUACAAUAUAUUUGAUUUCAUCCACUUCAACACAAUUCAUCAUGGACUUCGGAAAAUGGAGUACUAUUAUAAAAAGCUAUCAUAAUCGAGCAUUAACAAGCACAGAGGAAAUGGACUGGGAAAAAAUUGAUGAACAUGAGGCAAUAAAUUGGUUCAGAGAAAAUUAUAAUAUACCUUUUCAACUGUGUGCUAUUUAUGUAAUUGUUAUUUUCGGAGGACAAUAUUAUAUGGAUACAAGAGAAAGGUUUGAUCUUCGCAAGCCAUUACUUUGUUGGUCAGCAUUACUGGCUGUAUUCAGCAUCAUUGGGUCGAUACGUUGUUGGACAAUUUUCUGGAUGUUAUAUGAAGAGGGAGGAGUUCGAGGAAUAAUUUGUAGUAAUCAGUUUUAUGUGAGGCCAGUAACAAGGUUUUGGGGCUUCGUGUUUUGUCUCAGUAAAGUUCCUGAAUUAGUGGAUACUGUUUUCAUUGUGUUGCGUAAACAGAAGCUUAUUUUUCUUCAUUGGUAUCACCAUAUCACAGUAUUAUUAUUCUCAUGGCACUGCUACGAGGGACAAAGAGCAGGUGGGGCUGUCUUUAUGACGAUGAAUUUUAUUGUACAUUCAAUGAUGUAUUCAUAUUAUGCUUGUCGAGCUGCUCGAGUUAGAGUACCAAGAUUUAUUGCCUUAAUUGUCACAACUUUUCAGAUCUUACAGAUGGUUCUUGGUGUAUUGACUUUUUACAUGUUAAUUCAAUGGAGAAAUGAUGAUGAUUGUCCAUCAACUAAUCAACAUUUAUGGUACGGUGGUCUGAUGUACAGUUCAUACCUUGUGCUCUUCUGUCAUUUCUUUUAUUUGGCCUAUUUGAAGCCUCCAUCUCCAAAGACUGAUCCUAAAGCCACUAAAACAGAAAAGAUUGAGAAUCCAGAGACUGAAAAGAUCAUGGAAGCUGCUGAGUUCCCAAAACGCACUUUAGCGACCGGUGAUUCUAUCAACUUGAGAAGUCGCAGUAAAAAUAUCAAGUCUGCGUUCUAAAACUCUCUGCUUCUGUAGUUGAUUUAUUUUAGAAACUUUGAUCGAUUUAUUUCGCUAUGAAUAAACAUUAGGUAGCUUUUUCCAUUUGAUUUUGUAUGUUUUCAAUAUAUGAUAAUUUAUGUAUCUCGGUUUUAAUUUUCUCUUCCUUUGAUAAGUUCCAGAACCAACACUAUGAUUUGUAUGCAUAUUGUACUAAUGAGAAUGAAGCAUAAACGGGCUGAAAACAAUCCUGUCUUGGUAUUUUACAUUAAACAUAAAUGAAUGAAAAUUCCACAACAAUUUUUCUGGUUUAUUAAAAAUAUACAAUAUUCUACAUAUCGUAAUAUUUUCUCUACUGAAAUUGUAUCAAAGAGAUUUAAUUGUAAUGUUGAGCGUUUGCAGUAAAGAAAAUUUCUUACUUUCUCUUGCUAUGAUAAAGCAUAAUUCCAACUUCAUUCAGCUGUAUUCGGAAUACUAAAUUAUUCGGGUUUGGCAGUCCCUGGGUUUUAUUUAUCAAAAUGUCUGAGCACAUUAGCUUUUUUAAGGUACUUGUGACAUUCAGUCAUUUAAUUUCGAUUGAGGUGUUUCAAACUGAUUAUAAAUUUUCACAUACUGUAUUCUUCGUAAGUUCAUCCGUCCAUUUUUUUUUUAUAUAUUUGUGACUAAAUUGAUCACAUUUCUUUUGUAAGUUCCAAUACUUUGUACCUGUUGUUUGAAAUUUCACCAAGAACAAGAAAUUUAAUCAAAAUGCGAGUUAUUAUUAUCUCAUUUUUGAUAAAAAUAACCUGUUAUUUGAAAAUCUGAAUGGUUCUCUAGUAUUCACCGCUAUUUAUCUUGAUAGGUAGUCGAUGAUGUUUAUUCAAUUCAAAAUGGCUAAUCUUUGUUGAACUACAUGUAUGAGAAUAUUUCAUCAACUGUUAGUUUAUUCACCACAAUGAUAUGGUUAUAAUUUUGAUUUGGCACACCGACAGCUAUCCUUAUAGAUACAAACUUUGGUACUUCCUAAUUUAUCUGAUAAGCUAGAUACAAUGAGCUAAUUUUGUUUAAAAAAAAAUUUCAAAUAUUUUAAAUGUUUGCCACAGUUGCUAUAUUACUUGUGCUAUAUCUCUAUUUCCUAAUUUAAAAAUUCAAGAUGCAAAUUGUUUUUAUUUAUUCACUGAUUUGAUUUCCAAAAGUGAAAAAAAGCUAAAUUUAAAUGAACUACAUUACACUGAGCCUGAGAAUUAUCUACUAUAUUGUUAUAUGUAAUUAUUUGAAAUUGGUGUUUAAAGAAAUUACUGUUUUCAUAUAAGUCAUUUAUGCGAUGAAUCAAUUGAUAUCUAUAAAAAAUUUAAAUAGAGUACAAUUUGGCAUUUAUUAUGAUAUUACUAUUAUGAUGCUGGAUAGUUUGAUUUUGAUAAUUUAAAACACUUGCGAAACAGAAUUCCAAAACGAACAAAUUUUUCUGAUGUGGAUGUCCCAACUAGUAAUGUGACAUGAACUAUGCCAAAUUUGUUUUCCCUGUGGUGUAUUUACCACGAUUUACCUUUUUUGAUAAUUUCGGUAUGCAAAUUUUCCUCACCAGUUCCAAUCAAAUUUACUUCAAUCUAUUUUAGUCCAGUGUAUAUUAUUCUUUAUUUGAUUCAAAAAAUGAGCUACCUAAUCAAUUGUACUUUUGUGUUUCUACCGAGAUAGAGUCACUGGCAGAAUCUGGCAGUAAGGUAUUGAAUAUCUCUGAUUCUGUCUCGUUGGAAAACAUUUUUGAUUUAAUUGGCUGUUAUUGAACUUCAUAAUUUUGUAUCAUAUCUAUUUUUAUUCUUAUUACUUUUAUUAAUACUUGGCAGAUUAAAAUUCUACUAAAAUAUGCAGGUACUAAGCUCACUAGCUAUUUAUACUUCAAUUUAUGUUGCUCGACUAUGCUCCUUCAAGUUUUGUUCAUUCGACCAAUUUUUUUAAAAAUAUAUUCUGAAAUUGGUGCCAGAUGGUGCACAGCAGGCAUACCCAAAAGGUACUGAAUAUUCAAAUACUGAUUUUGGAAUCUUUAUUUUAUGAAAAAUAUGUUCUGUACAAUGGUAUUUGCCGUUCAGGCUAAAACAAGAUUUUUUUGUUGUUUAGUAACAGAUGAAAAACAGUUUAUCUUAUGACAAUGACUCUUUCUUGAACAUGCUUCAUUUUAGAAUGUAUGUUCAAUUUAAUUUUCGAAAAUGUUUUUUUCAUAGCAUAUUCGAAGUAGUUAGAGUUAUUUGAUUUUCGCCAUCUGGGUUCCAUUGCCUCCCGAAUUAUCUCAUUAAUAUGGUAAAUUUUUUAAUAAUUUUAUGUAUCUAAAAUAGAAGCAAUUUAGGUCCUUAUGUAAUCUUUUUAUUAUACAUUCUCCGAUAAAAGGGAGAAUAUUUCUGUGCUAUUAUUCCCGUGGAAUUGCGUAUUGCUUAGUUUAUGAACAUAAUAAAUGAUCGCAAAGCUUUUGUAUUUGCUUAAAACUAAAAUUUUAAAAGUUAUUAAGUGAAUACCUGAAGGUCAUUUAUUUCUAUUGACUUCAUCAGUUUAUUUUCAUGAAAUUGGAAGAGCAAUUUCCAGGCAAUCAGAAACCGAUUUUCAUAUGAAAUAUUAAAAACUAAUUCUGAUUCUGUUGAUGUAUAUUUUAGUUCAAUAUUCAAUAUUAGACAACUAUUUGAAAAUUCUUAAAUUAGGUAUUAGGGCAAUGUAUUAUGUACUGUAAAAAGUGUUGAAUACUUGUUGGUAAAACUUAUCAUAAGUCUGCUAAUUUUAGGAUGUUCUGCGCAAAAUUGCAUUAGAAGCAUGUUUGUGUAUCAAGUGAUUUGAAUCUGUAUUCAGUUUUAAUUAUCAGCAUUUGUCUCGAUUUAUUUUCUGGCUAAUUAUAUAUAAAAAAAAAUGUA